GUCUUUCAUUAUGAAGAAGAAACGAUUUAAAUUCCAAGUGAAUUUCAGCUUGGAGGAACUGUCCUCGGUGCCUUUUGUGAAUGGAAUUAUAUUCAGUAAAGUUCGGCUGCUGGACGGCGGAGGUUUUUCUGAUAUUUCAACCAGGGAGGAGGUAAAUAACCACAGGGUCAAAUGGAAUACAAAAUUUUGUUUCCACUGUAAGAUGAGCGCCAACGCUUCCACUGGUAUCCUAGAUCCGUGCAUGUGCAGGGUGUCAGUCAGAAAG